AUGUGGACCCAACAACUUACUCUUCAGAAGCCUAACGCUUCACAAACGCCUGAAGAAAAGCAUGCACAGGCGUUAGUGACAGCGAAUGUUUUCAUUGAUGAUAACCGUGCUCGAGUACGCAGAGCGAUGGAACAAUAUCAGAGUGUGGCGAAUAGCAAUUACUGGACCUAUGGCUACAUGGGUGGAGCGAUGGUGUUUACAAUGGCUACUUGUCUUUCUCUAGGCAAUCGCCUGCCAUUUUUGCGAAACUAUGCGGGUUGGAUUUCAUUAACGGGAGGUUACUUGGGAGGAAAGGCUAUGUUGGGAAUGCAUAAUUCAUACAAUUUGGCAUCUGUUGUGAAUGUGAUUAACUCAUCUAUUGAAGAGACUGGUAAAAUGGAUGAACAGUAUGAAUUUAAGAUUCCAGACUACGCCAGAGAAGUAACAGCACUAAAGCGAAUGAAAUAUGAUUUAAUGCCGUACACCACAGAGGCAAUAGAGGCGCGAAAGAACGAUUUGAAUAACAUGUCACUCAAUGAAAGAGCAGAUGCAUUAGUGGAGGCAUUUGAGAAGCGACGUCAGGCCUCUGCACACAAGAAGUAA